CCCGCCGAGCGUUCCCGGCCCCGCGUGGAGCGCCCCGCGGCCCGCAGUGUGCGGCAGCCGGAGCCCGCGGCCGCAGGGAGGGCGCGCAGCCGAGCCGAGGGGCGCCGACGCCGGGACAAUGGGGCCGGGGAGGCUGCUGCUGCUGGUCGCCGCGGGACUCGGUCUGUGCGGCCCCCUGCUGUCCGCGCGCGUCCGCGGCCGCCAGCCGGUAUCAAAAGCAACCAAUGCUACUGUGGAUCCCCGGUCAUUUUUUCUCAAGAAUACCAAUGAUGGAUUUGAACCAUUCCCACUGGAGGAUGAUGAGGAGAAAAAUGAAAGCGAGUUCCCUGAAGUCAGAUUAAGCUCCAUCAAUAAAAGCCGUCCUCUUCAAAAACUGCCCCCUGUGUCUAUCUCGGAGGAUGCCUCGGGAUAUCUGACCAGCUCCUGGCUGACACUCUUUAUCCCCUCUGUCUACACUGGUGUGUUUGCAGUAAGCCUUCCUCUGAAUAUCAUGGCCAUCCUCGUGUUUAUCUGGAAGAUGAAGAUCAAGAAGCCCGCUGUGGUGUACAUGUUACAUCUGGCCGCGGCAGAUGUGCUCUUCGCGUCAGUGCUCCCCUUCAAGAUCAGCUAUUACUUUUCUGGCAGUGAUUGGAAAUUUGGUUCUGAACUGUGUCGCUUUGUCACCGCCGCCUUCUACUGUAACAUGUACGCCUCCAUCAUGCUCAUGACGGUCAUCAGCGUUGACCGGUUCUUGGCCGUCGUGUACCCCAUCCAGUCCCUCUCCUGGCGUACCCUGGGAAGGGCGUCCUUCACUUGUCUGGCCAUCUGGGCCAUGGCCAUCGCGGGGGUGGUGCCUCUGCUCCUCAAGGAGCAGACCACCCAGGUGCCGGGGCUCAACAUAACCACCUGCCAUGACGUGCUCAAUGAAACCCUGCUCGAAGGCUAUUAUGCGUAUUACUUCUCAUCCUUCUCUGCUGUCUUCUUUUUUGUGCCCCUGAUCAUUUCCACCGUCUGUUACGUGUCCAUCAUCCGAUGUCUGAGCUCCUCCACGGUUGCCAACCGGAGCAAGAAAUCCCGGGCUUUGUUCUUGUCCCUCGCUGUCUUCUGCAUUUUCAUCAUUUGCUUCGGACCCACAAACGUCCUCCUGAUUCUGCAUUACUCAUUCCUCUCUCAAGAUUCCGUGACAGAGGCUGCCUACUUUGCCUACCUCCUGUGUGUCUGUGUCAGCAGCAUAAGCUGUUGCCUCGAUCCCUUGAUUUACUACUAUGCUUCUUCCGAGUGCCAGAAGCACCUCUACGGCAUCUUAUGCUGCAAGGAGGGUUCCGAUCCCAGCAGUUACAACAGCAGUGGUCAGCUGAUGGCAAGUAAGAUGGACACCUGCUCUAGUAACCUGAAUAACAGCAUAUACAAAAAGCUUUUAACUUAGGAAAGGGGACUGCUGGUGAGUUAAAAAGAAAACGUUAAAAUAGUGAGCAGCCUGAGGAUUGUAUCAGUCCCUGCCAAAAAGGUAUUUACGAUCAAAAACAACAAAUAUAUGAUUCACAUGCUUCUUUCUCGUGAGAGCCGUUAAUCGUGUGUAUUUGUUAGUUACAGGAAAAGAUAACAAGAAUAGAAAACAGUGUCAUUGCGAGAGAGUAUCGCCAGUGCCACGAUAAUAACGGAAUGUCCUCUUCUCAUGCAUUUAGGAGACUUACUACAUACAUAUGCGUGGAUGUGGAUAGGUGUGUGCACACAUACUUACAUCAUUUGUAAUGCAGUAUAGAAUAGACACUUGAAACCCUCUCUUUUUUCCACCAGAGAUAAGGAAAGAGAUGUUUAGGUUGCUGGAGUUUAGCCCAGAACAUCUGAAGAUGUUCAUCUAUAGGGAGGGACCCUAUGGUUCGGACUUACAGAGCUUUUGCAAAUAAGUGUAUCUUGCAACUGCUCGACAGCAAAGUUUAACUUAUUAAGGGAUAAGACUUAGUAGUACUAUCUGUGUGUAGAGGAAGUUCUGUGCUUCAUUUUAAACAUAUCAAGGUUUGAAUUCUUUAAAUUAUGAAAACAAAUGAUAUGGGUGGCAUGUUUGAUAUUUUGCACUCUGUGUAUGUAAACCAAGAAUGAGCGUAGGUCCACGCUAGGUUGGCUUUCAAAGUAAUCUGCCCCCAGGUGGAGGUCUCCACGCAGUAGAUGCAAAGCAGGGCCGUUUCAGGCAUGGGCUGGCCAGGAACCCCCCAGCUGAGCCUGCCAGAGUUCAGCACUGGGACCACCACACUGCGCUCUCCUCCUGACGUUCCCUCCAGGGGUGGCUAUGAACUGUCUUGUGUAUUAGAAAUUGGCAAAGUAGGUUGUGCUAUCCCAGGAGAUAAUAUAAACGACUUUCCUGCCCAUUUUAAGAGCAGAGAAAGAAGGCACCUUCGCUUCCAGCAGUUAUCCCACCAGGACCACUCUCAGAUGGAAACACUCACAGAGCCAACAUGAACACACAUUCUGUGCUCCGGGCGCAAUGAUGGGUGCUGGGCAUAUAGAGUUGGGUAAAAUGGAGACCUGCCCACAAGGAAAACAAAUUAGACCAAUACAGAGUGUGGUAUGUGUAUAAUAAAUAAAACAUGUCCUUCUGUAGAGUUGUUUUAGCUAGAUGUCACCGUACACGUUUCAUACAAGCAAAGAUUGUCAGUUGAAGAACACUGAACGUUUGGAUUAUUAUUUCCUGUGGUUAUAACUUGAGAUGAAAACAUAACACAACACAGGAAGCAUAUUCUUAAAAACAAGUCCUCCGGUCUGCAUUAAUUGGACAUGAUUUAUUUAUAAAUGCUUUCAAUAAAUUUAAUCAGAUUUUUGUAGAAUAAUCAAUGAUGCCAUUUUGAUGAGACAGAGCAGAAGAAAAUGAAACAGACUUUGAAAUAUAGGAAAAUUAUUCUACAUUUUCCAUUCACUUUUUUUAAGAGUUAGUGAGAUGAUUUUAAAGGCAUUUUUUAACCCCAUGAUUAGUAUUAAGUACAGAAAAUAAUUUAAAAAUUAAGUUGAAAUAUGUAAUCUUUUCCUAAUGAAGCAGUGUUGGCCUUUUAAACAAAAAUGAAAAGUUGCAAGGCAGAUGUUUAACCUAUUUAAAAGAGCAAACAAUUUCCAAAUGCCAUGGAAUAAUUAAAUAGAAUAACAUAAUGUAAGUAGAAGUUAGCAAUGACUUUAUUUUUUUUAGCAUUGAUUUUAUUAAUUUAGUUACUGUAUCUUACCCAACUCAGUGGAGAUUUGUUUAUUCAAUCUGAAAUUUUAAAAUACCUCUGACCUAAUAUGACUAUCGUUACUCUGUUAUCAGUCUGUACUUAUAGUAUGUCAUUGUUUUUAUGUUAUCUCUUUUUAAAAUAUGUAUGUAACCUAUAUUAAUAAACAUGAAAGUUUGCUUGGUA